GAUCCACGCGUGAAAUUCGCGCCAAAUUUCUUCCUUCGCAUCGGCUGGCUUCCAAGAUGGCAGGUGAUGGUGAUCGUAACAAGUCCCUGAAAGAAGCUUUAAUUGACAGUCUCACUGCUAUUCUGUCUCCUCUACACGACGUUCGAGUGAAUGGAGAGGAACAGAUCAAAGCCCUUGAGGUGACAGAAGAGUUUGGAGUCUAUCUGGCUGAGUUGACUGUGGAUCCAAAUGGAGCUUUAGCUAUCCGGCAAUUGGCCUCUGUCUUACUGAAGCAGUAUGUGGAAGCUCAUUGGUCAAGUCAGUCCAGUAAAUUCCGUGCCCCAGAAACCUCUGAGAAGGCAAAGGCUGCCAUUAGAGAGAUCCUACCUGCAGGAUUGAAAGAAUCCAUUAGUAAAGUUCGAACCAGUGUUGCCUAUGCAGUGUCUGCCAUCACCCACUGGGACUGGCCUGAGACCUGGCCAGAACUAUUCAGUCUUUUAAUGGAAGCUCUUACAUGUGGUGAUCCCAAUGCACUUCAUGGUGCCAUGCGUGUUUUGACAGAGUUCACUCAAGAUGUGACAGAUGUUCAAAUGAUUAAAGUGGCUCCAGUUAUUCUUCCAGAAAUGUACAAAAUAUUUGUACAAGCUGAUACAUACAGUAUUCGUACGCGUACUCGAGCAGUCAACAUCUUCAACACUUGUGUUGCUAUGGUAGCUACUAUGAUGGACACACACAAAGGUAUUGUUAAGGCUUUACUGUUACCCGUCCUUCCACAAUUUACUGAUGCUUUUAUCAGUGCCCUUCAGGUUCCUGAUGGUGAAACUUCAGAUAGUGGCCUCAAGAUGGAAGUUCUUCAGGCUGUCACAGUUUUAGUGAAGAAUCUCCCGAAAACAAUGUCUACUUGGUUACCUCAAAUCCUUCCUCCAGUUUGGAAUUUGUUCACACACAGUGUAGAAUUUUAUGUUCGUACUGUUGUAAAUAACACAGAGGAAGCUGAUAAUCCAGUGGAUUCAGAUGGUGAAGUUCUGGGAUUUGAAAACCUAGUUUAUAGUGUCUUUGAAUUUGUAUUGGGUCUUUUGGAGACUGUGCGCUUUCGAGCUACCGUAAGAAAGUCAUGUAAUGAAAUAUUAUAUUACAUGAUACUCUACAUGCAAAUCACAGAGGAUCAAGUGCGGCUAUGGAGUGGUGAUCCUGAUCAGUUUGUGGAAGAUGAAGAUGAUGAUACAUUUUCCUAUUCUGUUAGGAUAUCUGCACAAGAUCUGUUGUUGUCCCUUGCUGCUGAGUUUCCUAAUGAAAGUGCCCCAGCGCUAUGUCAAGCCUUUACCCAACACAUACAACAGGCAGAGCUUGACAAAAAUGCUGGUAAUCCCAAUUGGUGGAAAGUUCACGAGUCAUGUCUGUUGGCUUUAGGCAGUGUUCGUAAUCUAUUUGUUGAUUAUUUGAAAAAAGGGAAACUACAGUUUGACAUCAAACACUUUAUUGAAUCUGUGAUCCUUGCAGAUAUGGCAGCUGAGUCAGUGUCACCGUUCUUGAUUGGUCGUUGUCUUUGGACUGGCAGUAGAUUUGCUGCAGUCAUGGAUAACGAAACAAUGGACAAAUUUCUGCAGGCUACCAUGACUGGUUUACAUCCCAAUCAACCAGCUAGUGUUAGAAUUUCUGCUGUUAGAGCAGUCUUUGGAUUUUGUGAACAUCUAAAGAACACUGGCACCACACAGCUUUUGUUCAACUUCCUCCCAAACAUCAUGGAAGGUCUUCUCACAAUUACAACACAGUUUUCGUCGAAUGUUUUAGCACUUACGUUGGAAACUCUUAUACUUGUGUUGGCAAUUGAUGAUAAUUUUACAGCUAGUGUAGAGUGUAAAGUCACUCCAUUAACCAUUGCAGUUUUCCUCAAAUAUAGUAGUGCCAGGUUUUCCACCUCUUGUUUUCUAUUUUAUGGUGGCAUUUCUCAAUUAUGUUUUCUCCAGGCAGCAUUAGAUGUCCUGCAAAUGGUAGUGCGAGGAAGUAAGGCACCAUUGAGUGAUGCACUAGUCCAAGAUUGUUUCCCUGCUUCGGUACAAUGUAUUUUACAAACAGAGGAUAAUUCCACUAUGCAGAGUGGUGGAGAGUGUCUCCGAGCAUUUGCGUCUGUUGGACUGGAUCAACUCAUGGUUUGGCAGGAUGAUCAUGGUAAAAAUGGUUUGUUCUACAUCAUCCAGGUGAUAGCCAAAUUACUUGACCCCAAGACUCCUGAGUUUACUGCAACAUUUGUUGGCAAACUAGUCUCAGUGAUUAUCAGUAAAGUUGGUAGUCAGCUUGGAGAAGAUCUCGACUUGAUGCUUAGGUCUGUCUUGGGCAAAAUGCAACGUUCAGAAACUUUAUCUGUCAUACAGAGUUUGGUGAUGAUUUUUGCACAUCUCACUCACACACAAAUGGAAGCCUUAUUGGCAUUUCUUUCCAAUGUACCUGGACCAACAGGCAAACCAGCAUUACAUUUUGUUCUUACUGAAUGGUGUUCACGCCAGCAUCUCUUCUAUGGUGCCUAUGAAAAUAAAGUCAGUAUUGUUGCUCUAACCAAACUUCUACAGCAUGCUGUUAAUACCAAUGAUACACGUUUUAAUGAAAUUGAAGUUACUGGAGAUGAGAUUAUUGAUGACAGCGGUAUUCGAACACGAUCCCAAAGAAAUAAAACUCCAACUCAGUGGACACGGGUACCAGUUUUAGUUAAAAUUUACAAACUGAUUGUGAAUGAACUUUCAAAUCAAAUGGAAACUAACAUGGCAAGCAAUAUUCCUGAUGAAGAUGAAUUAAUUGAUGAGGAUGAGUUUGAAGAAGGUGAUGAUGAUGAAGAUGAAGUAUCUGAUGGUACAACGUUGAGUAGUAUAUUAGAGGAUUAUGGAGGUGAUGGUUUAAAUGUUCUAAAAUCUGGGCUGGAUGAAGACGAAGAUCCUGAUGCACUGGCUGACCCAGUUUAUCAUAUUGAUCUGCAGGCAUACUUAUCAGAAUUCUUGCAGUCUUUGUCACAGCAAGCAUUUUACAACAUGUUUAGCAGCCAUCAUACCCCAGCUGAGCGACAAGUGUUACAAGCCAUUGGUAUCCAGUGUUAAUUAAUCACCUUAUUACACAUAUUUUAUCCUCUUAGCCUUUCUUUUUUCCAUACCACAAACUCCAACUAAUACAACACUGAUUCCUCUCUAUUGCCAAAUACCUGCCAAUUGACUUGCAAACAAAGAAAAGAAAGGAAACAAUCAAGGCUAUGAUGUAAUUAGGUGCUGUCGUUUUAAUUUCCUUGCUGCAUCUACCUUUUAAAACCACGUAUCUUGGUCAAUGCCAUCCAAGCGAAUUGUUACAUUCACUCUCUUCCCAACUUAAUUUUAUAUAUCAUAAAACAUUUUCUUUUUAAGAUAUUUAAUAAAGGCUUGUAAAUAAUAAAUAAUAAAAAUAAACAGUUCCAAA